UAAAUGCCUGCCCAACAUGGCGGCGCGGAGGGGCAGCCCUGCGAGCUGAAAACAAUGUCAGGCUCGGGCGCCUAGUGUCCUCACCACGGAGCUAUGACUUCUUUGGGGUCGGUGUUCGCGUCCGAGAAGCGGCUGGCCGACUACUUCGUCGUCUGCGGUCUAGACCUCGAAUCGGGACUCGAACCUGACGCUCUCUCGGGUGACCACCUACACUUCACACCGUUAGACCGUUGCUACAAGGGCAAGGUUUUAGCGCACUACCCCGAGAAUGUCUCCUGGAACCCCUUCGACCCCAGUGCCAUCGGCAUGCUCUGCUUGCCACAUGGACUAUCCUUCCGGACGCAGAAGCACACACGCGAACCCUUUUUUCACCCGUUUGUCAUUACACGAGAGGAUGGCUCACGGACUUACGGCCAGGCGCUCACCUUCUACGAGGAGGUCACCGACCGGCAGAUCUGCUCAGCCAUGCAGACAUUACAGGCAAUGCACCUGACGGAACUGAGCUCAAGCGGGAACAAGGCACCACUAUCACGGACAGCAGCAAUCAAGACAGAGGCCCCCGUGUCAAGGUCACUCCCCAGGUCGUUUCGGCUCAUGACGACCUCAAAGUCUUCAGACUCGAGCGGGGGAGCCCUGUAUGACAUAACCAAGGACACGCUGUACGUGAGCAAAGCAAUUUGCCUGGUGACCCCACUGCCACUGGUCAGCGUAUGCAGGACGGUGCUACAGAAGCUGCUGUCAUUGGUGCAGGGGCGCGACUCCCCACCACUGCCCCUUGAGAGCUAUGUGUACAACUUGCUCUAUGAGCUUCCCUUGCCUCCACCAGGACGGUCAUUGCGCCUCAGCUACCUCUACCAGGACUAUGUUUGCCAGAGGCCAGGAACGGGGGAGCUUCCCUUCUUUGACUACUCGUUCCGGGAGCUCUUCGCAAUACUGGGCCUGGAGAACUGCCUCCAGCUCUUCACCAGCGUGUGCUUCGAGAACCAGAUCCUCCUCUGCUCUGAAGACUACGACCGGCUGAUGCUGGUGGCGGAGUGCGUGACUUGCCUGCUGCUGCCAUUUCAAUGGCAGCACGUGUACGUGCCGAUCCUGCCUCACUCGCUACACCACUUUCUGGAUGCACCAGUUCCCUUCCUCAUGGGGCUGAAGCACGUCUGCGGGGGCGAGCAGGCCGACGCCAUCUGUCCCGGCGAGGCCAACCUGUGCCUAGUAGACAUUGACGGCUGCAGUGUACAGGUGCCCGAAGACCUGCCCAGCUUUCCCAACAAGCAGGAGCUUCUUGCCGAACUACAGGACCUGCUCACGCAGUUCGGCGUUCGGACACCAGGUGGCUCAUCAUCUCUCAUCAACUCCUCAUCACCCAAUGUGGCGGCAUCCGCAACCCUCGGACGUAACCUCAACGACCGGCCAUUCCCUCGUCGGAAACACUCCUGGAGCCUGGAGAGUGGUGAUUCGGGAGUGAGCAGCACGGUUAGCAGCGCGCGAAGCUCCUUCACAAGCCUGGGCACACCGUCGCCUCUCUUGCAGCACAGUGAGGCGUUCCAGCGCAUCACAGCUGUCGCCAAAAGAGCCGGUGUGAUAAACUCCAUGGAAGACCUGCGGCGUCCUCGUUGCCAAGACAACAGUGAGGGCAAGCUCAGCCUUCAUCGGCAGCCGCAGCACCACAGCUUGGCUGUCGCGGCAGAAAGACAUCCGCAGUUGGAGGAGCUAAGGCUCAACAAUGCCGUGCGCGAGAUCUUCUUCAACCGCUUCCUGCACAUGUUCCGCUCCUACGACCACUUCGUCAUACAGCCCAACCAGAAGGACAUGGAGCAGUGGCUGGCGUCGCGGGACACAGUGCACAACUUCGACAAGACGACAUUCCUGUCCGACCAGCCUGAGCCACACCUACCCUUCCUGUCGCGCUUCAUUGAGACACAGAUGUUUGCCAGCUUCAUAGACAGCAAGAUCCUCUCUCUCUGGGAAGAGCCCGACCCGUGCCUAAAGAUUUUCGACAACCGGAUAAAACUGCUUCGCAACCAUUCCACUGAGCCCAUCAUCAAUCGCUACGAGCGCUGCACCGUGUACAAAGAAACAGAACUGUCCAUCGAGGGCCGGCUGUCGGCCCCGGAUUUGGUGGCCCCGGUGCCGAAGAUAGUCGACCCUACGGUGGACCUCCCGGGGCGCCGGAAUCACAGGCCGGGAGUCUUUCCUCAGCUGGAGUCUGCCGUGCUGAACCGGGAGCCAGCGCAGUCCAAGGUCAAAAAACGUGCACACGCCCAGUUUCGAAGGAAAGACCGCUCCAUCCAGCAAGCUGAGCACUUGAAGCUCACUGCGGAGCAAAGAGAGUCUGCCUGUGUUGGCACGAAAUCGAAGCAUGCUCAGUUGUGGCAAGUUGCUCUCGUCAUGUUGUUCUUGAAGUACAUCAACGAAGCCCGGACCAAGCACAUGAAGCAGCCAAAAUUCAGUGACACAGCAUCAGCUGCAGUCAUUGCACAGACAAAUUGGCAAUUUGUGGAGGCACUGCUCAUGGAGUGUAAAACCAGGACCAAGCGUAUGCUGGUCGAGAAGAUGGGCAUCGAGGCAGUUGAGCUGGGCCAUGCCGAGGCCAGCAUCACAGGCCUUGAGGAGAACACGCUACUGGCAUCGUUCUGCGACCUCCUUGAACGCAUCUGGUCACAUGGCCUGCAGGCCAAGCAGGGAAAGUCUGCACUGUGGUCUCACCUGCUCAAUUAUUUGGAGGUUGAAGAGUGCCGGUCCAGUGGCAAACCGAUUGAUCGGAACUUCUUGACUCCAGUGCCCGUGCGUGCCCAAGUCCCCAAGAGUUUUGGUUUCCCCGAAAUUAUUUUCUCCCUUAAGUCGGGCGCCCUAAACGCCGUCACCAAACACCUGGCCAACCUGGACCUCUCAAACCUGGUGCCAGACGAGAUGCCGGCGUCACGGGGCAGGGAAGCCAAGGAGCGGAGUCGUCGGGUCAGGACGCCGGACCUGCCCGGCCUCAAGCCGCUUCCUGUCUCCCUCUUGAUGGACGUCAAGACGGUGCAGGCAAUGACUGAGGUCAAAACGGACAUUGGCUUCGCUCGGGCUUGGGUUCGCCUGUGCCUGGAGAAGAAGCUGCUUUCCAAGCACCUCAAGAAGCUGCUCUCCAACCAGGAGCUGCUCAGGAGUUCCUACAAGCGGCACGCAUUCUUGCGGUGCGAUGACGAGAAAGAGCAGUUCCUGUACUACCUCCUCACGCUCAAUGCUGUCGACUAUAAGUGCUUCACCAACACCUACACUGCCACAGAGAUGCCAUAUCGGGUCGUCGUGUUCCCGAGCCGCAAGCUGAGUGCCUCGACAACGUCGGCCAAUGCGUGGGUCUGCAUCUCGGGCACCAUGGGUACCACAGGCAUCAUCCCAGUGCCCAAGCAGUUGCCAGAGUUCGUCUGCCAUCACAAAAACCUGGGCCUGCUCACGACGCUACGGAUUGGCCACGACAACACCGGCCUUUCGCCCAAGUGGAUGAUUGAGCACGUUGUGGCACGCAACGAUGUCACGGGACACACCUACAAGUUUCCCUGUGGUCGGUGGCUGGGAAGGGGCAUUGACGAUGGUAGCACGGAGAGGCUGCUAGUUGCCGAGCUGGUUCCAGCAGACAUCGACAAUGAAGAGCUGAUGGAAGCCUGCCGAACGCCACCUCGAUGCCGGUCGCCCAGCGUUCCACGAAGGCCUAGUGAACCCCGGCUAACGAUUCCAGAGAUUCAGCAACUCCUUGGCGAUGCAGUCAACAACAUAGUCAAGUACUUCUACAAGUCAGAACGAGAGAGGGGCAACUUGACAAUCCUGCUUUGUGGGGAGCUGGGGCUGGUCUACUGCCUGGAGCAGGUCUUCCUGUAUGGCUUCAAGGACACGCGCUUCUUCAGGCACGUCUACCUCUGGGAGUAUUUUGUAAAAGUCAAGGAGUACUUCGAGUCUGCACUGCAGGACAACAUGGAGGAUGAGCGGCCGAACUCGGUGUGGCGCUGCUACUGCCACCUGGCCAACAAAGUAGAGCGGGCCUCCCACACCAUGGGCAAGGACGGAAAGUUCCAGCUGUUCAUCUGCCUUGCCGCCAGGGAGCACUUCCUUCACCAGAUGAUGUUCGACCUGGCCGCCUGCCCCGUGACGACCACCAUGUACGAGGAGAGGUCGUUCCUGCGUGACACCAACCUUGUGGUCUUCCUCGUCCAGAUCCUGGAGGCCCUCUCCGAGUUCGACAUUGCUCUCGAGAGCUCCAUCACCCGUGGGGUGGACAACUGAGCCCAGGCAGCACCUCCUCACGGCAGCUUAUACUCCACAGGUUGAUUCAUCAGAGGCAGUCGGAGCAAGUUUACCGGUUUGUUGUAAGAACACUGGAGACUGAAAACGGCCCAGAGAUUCGGCCAGCCCAUUGAAUCUCUUCUCGGCCAGAUGCUGGCCAACGUUGCCUUCACAAGUCGCGCACGACGACACAAAGUACUGCGUGUAACAUUCUUAGUUCCUCAAGCAGAAAACUUAUUCCUCAGUGCGUGGUGGUUCCUGCAUGAAAGAAGAAAAAAAAAAUUGUUUUUUUUUUCAUUCCUUGCCUACAGUUAUACCAGCUUCCGUGGCUGUACUUUUGGCACGUGUAUUGUUUUGUUUUGCUGGCUCAGAGACGGCAGCCCACAGGAUGAUUGUGUAUAAUCGGUGGUUGCAUGCAUUGUUCACACGAAACAUGAACGUCGGUCUCGGGGUGUACCCGCGACUAAAGAAUCACUCAAGCAAGGAAAUACUCCCCAAGUGUUCUUGUUUUCAUUGUUUUGUCAUGUCGUGCCUACAUUAUUUUAGUGUACAUAUGGAACAGUCAUUCGCUAGAUGUUUUAGAGGCUGGGGAAUGACUCCGCGGCAAGUUUUUAACAAACUGAGUCACGAGCAAUCUCCCAUCACAUUCUUAUUCACGUUGCCGCUUGUUAACCUUUUUUUUUUUUCUCUUUAGUCAUUGUACAUAGCUUCAAAUGUUGGGCUGCACCAUUUCAUUUUGUUAAGCCUAGCAAGUGUUAAACUUCGACCAGUCCAUUGGCUUCAAAGCUGCAGUGUGUUUACACAAACACAGCUUUUAUUGGCCCUGACAUGAUUCGUGAUUAACCUGCUUUGAUGUCCUGAACUGUUGGGAAUUAGUCAACAUCAGAAAGUGGUACAGUUAUAAUUAGGUUGACUCUUAAGUCAGCAGGCAUAUAGAGCGCAUAUUUUGACGUACAUUUUGUGCCGCAGCCUCUGCGUCAAUUUCAUGCAGCAAAAAUGCCCAGGCUGUCGGCAGUCCUUGUAUACGUAAUUUUAAGCAGCCAGUAUUGCACAGUUUGGAACAGAUGCGACGACAGCACGUCAAAAAUGUGUUUCAAAACACAUUCCCUGUAGCUGACGCUCAUCACUCAGCACUUCAGGGAUUCUUGUCAGUCGUGAGUGCAUGCCCUAAAAAAGUUCUAAUCUUUUGUCCACCUCUGUGCAGAAUAGGAACCAAGCUACAAAGUUAGGUGUACAUACUAAACUUGUCAAAUUUAUUUAAAUCACAAUGUAAGAUAACAUCUAUGGCUUGUAAUGGGGGAAAACAACUAAGUCAGUUACAGAGCCUACCUUUUAAGAGGUUGCACAACCCCCCUAAUUUUGGAUAACAUGUUUCCUAUACCAGAGCAUUGGCUUGAUAUCGCAUUUAACACUUUUGAGCCUCGCUUGUUUGAUUUUUUUCAUUGAAGCAUCUCGUUAAGUGUUUGAUUGAUGCGAAAGGCAAUGCUUCAUUUCCUGCUCUCUUGUGUGCCAUUACUUAUUAUUUAAACCCCUUAGUAAGUUCCUUUAUAACAGAUGUUUUGAUUAUAGACAUACAGUAGACACCCUUUAAGACAUAACUUGAAGGGAUAUGGGAAAUCUGUUCAUAUUUUCAAAAGUAUGACAUAAUCGAAGUGCACUGCCUUCAUGGGAAACUUGGCGAAAAUCCCGAAUUUUUGUUAUGCAUACUGUGAAUUGACUUCUCAGGGUUUGUCUUAAAAGGAAGUCUACUGUGUCUGUGUUUAGUGUAUUGUAUAUAAUCUGUACAAGAGGGUGUUCUUAUUUAUGAUCUGGCAUUGUUCACUCCUGUUGUUAUUGGAAACUAGUGACCGAGCGUGCAGUAUCGAUGUUAAGUCUUCUCUUCUUGGUAAGGCAGUUUGCUGCAAAGAAAAGAAAUGCCCAUCAUGACACGAGGCAGUGAGGUUCCCACACUCUUACAUGUUGGCUCCUUCAAGGCUGUAAUUCUAACUCUUCUCUUCACAUCGCCUUUUUUUGCACUGUAUUUACAUCCUUUAUGGUAUAAAAUGGGCAUGACUGCUUUUCUCAGGCAGGUUAGGAGAGGGUACAAAAUAACGAUGCAGAAAUACGAGUGACAAUAUUAAAAUGAACAUUAAGGGGUAUGGCAAUUGCCAGUUAACUUAUCCCACAAUUUCGCGUCUCUAGUAAAUCUUGUCAAACAGGGUAACUUAGUUUUACUGCAAAUUUUCUUGCAGUCAUUUUGAGACCAUGCUGCGUGGCUUAAUAAAUGAAAGCGCCAUUACACAGGUUCCUUAGCAUGCACGUAGAGCACAUGUGCAUUCCACACGCUAAUUCCACACGUAGCAGCACGCUAGAGUGUUGCAGUUCACAAAUCGCUUUCCAUCUUCACAGUACAUUGCACAUUAUAAUUUUGUUGCAUAUGUGCAAUGCAAAUGACACACAAUAUGAAGCAAUGCGAUGUAGGAGUGGAGUACAUAAUAAGCAGCGCAUGCAAACUUGAUCACUUCAGCCUCUAUGCGCCUCGCUUAGCAUAGUAUAUUCAGAGUAAGCUGUCGACAACUCGUCGACCUAUCUGUUCUUGCGGUGUUACCUUUUGUGACAUUGCAUGCACGUGUGCGUCAGCACCACUUCUCCUUCCCAUUGUCGCUAUACUGGGACGCAGGAACCAAACAAACAAACCAGCUGUGCGUGUGUGUGCAUGUACCAGUGUGUGCUGGCCUACGGCUUCAUGCCAUCUCCAGCUCUAACUUCUAGCAGCCCGCUGCCUUACCAAGGAAGUCAAGUCAUCCAGCCGUACUCGAGCUUUGCUAAGUACUAUUUCAUUUUCGGUUUCAUGGCAGCUCGAAGGCAUUGCAUUUCCCUCGCUUUUUUCUUUCCCCCCGGCCUGGUGUUCCAGCGUGCACAGCUUUUGUUGGAGUAAAAUUUUGUAUGGGGACCAGGGUGUGCCUUUUGUAUGUGGCGCAACAGACUCGUUGCAUUUUCACUUGCUGAAUUAAGAUGCGCCAUUGACGGGAGAGAGGGAAAGUUUCUGGCUAAGAUAGGUCACACUGAUGCUCGUUGCAGCAUAUCAUAUGUAGUGGCAUAUACCCUCGUCAAGACAAAUGUAGGGUGUCUGGAUGGAAGGGCUCGUCUUAUGUGCGGAGAAGAGUGUGUGUAACACUUAAAUGGCCAUACGCUUGUGCUCUAGCAUUCAUUUGCCAUGCUUGUUGUAGAUUACAAGAGUGAAGCUCUUAGACAGCAUCGAGUGGUACGUUUGCUAAGUUGGGAUCAUCAAGCUCACUGUUACCUUUUUUUCCCCCAUGUUAAGUACUGUUAUAAUUUUCUUUACAGAACACUGAUAGUGUAUCAGGAUGUCAUGCUCACAGCUGCUUUUGCUUCGUGUUAGGUAAUGGGCCUAUUUUUAAGAACAAGGUGUGAACUCUCAUCGUUAAAACCAUGUAGCGCUAUGUCAUGUAUAAGAAGGAGUAGUACCUGUGAUUUUGUGAUGAUUUCCAGAUUAACAUAGUCGCGCUUGUAUAAUUUGGCACUGUGACAGUGUGUUCAAUGCUUAAUGUUUUGUUCGUCACCUUGCACAAUUUGUUUGAGCGGGAAGUCUCCACCCGAUAAAGAAAGCCCAGUUUUGAGUAAUUUAUUAAAAAUUUCUGAAUUUAUUUAGGGAGGAAGAGCUAAGUCUGCACACCGCGCAUGCAUUUCUCUAACUAGAAUUUUGCCUUUUCAAGGAAAGCCUUACGUGCACCGUUAUUUCAUUCUUCGUUUGUUCGCUGUUUUGUUGAGUGCAUUGUAAUUGCUGCAGUUGUUGGUUGUCUUGUGCAGUUGCAUCGACAUUUUGCUCUUUGUACAUCCAUUUGUCUAGAUGAACAUUGUUAAAGUCUCAUUGAUCUUUGUACCCCAGUUAUUGUCUUCACAUCGUCACUCAUGUCUUACAUGCUACAGUCGUAUUGCAAAAUCCCACUGCAUCCUGUGUAUAAUUUUUGCACGCGCUGCCUGGUUAGUCUGGAAGAAGUGUACCAGCAGUGUUGCUCAUCAUUUUGCGGCACGGCCUGAGCCAUCUAUCAUUCAUUCGCACUUGACAAAAGCAUCUCAGGCAACCAUAGUACAACAUUUCUUUAUUUUUUUGGACUGCUGUGCAUAAUGCUAGUGUGUCGUACUGUUCUUAUAAAUUUAAGAUGUGUUAGUGGCAUUUUCUUUUUUUCACCAACGACUUGGCCUUAGACAAAGUGUUCUUUCUUUUAGUAUUCAUUUUUCCAAUUUAACACAUUUUCAAACACUGACAACGGGCUGUUCCUGUUAAACAUGGUGAUGUUUUACGUUCAGCUGUCUUCCUCGAAUGGGUGACACAUUAUAGGCAAGUCUCAAUGAGCUCACAAGUAUGAUCUGAUUGUGCUGACACAUGGAGUAAUAAAAAAAAAGAAAGAAACAUUGCAUUUUUCAGCAAAGUGAACUGUUCUGCUGCUUCGAUGCUACUGCACGUUUCGACUGUAUUAUUUCGUAUCCAUCAUUUAAACCGGAGUAAAGGCACUAGACAUUUCGAAAGCACAAGGUUUUGAAUAUAGUGUAACCAGUAUAAUGACAGGUGUACAACAAUGAUUUCUAGGGAGUUUCAACGCUCUGUGAUCUCACAAAGUGCUCCACUUCUGCAAUAAGUCAGCUGUGCAUGCUUGAGUGGCACAACAGUGGCACAGCUAAAUUGGUGCAUUUCCAGCAAGCCCCUCACAGAAGGAGAGCUCAGUGUCAGAUUGCAAAAUGUGGUGGGCUAAAACUCUCUAAUAACGGAGACAUUGCUAAAACUCGUAUAAUGAAGAGUUGCUGAAACUCGUGCUUGGUAAGCUCAUGCAUUUGCAGCUGGCUCCUCGCAGCAGGGAAACAUGGUAGCAGAUAUUGAAAUCGGUGUGUUAAAACUCCCUAUUAAUGAAGAGUUGUUAAAGCUUUCUGAUAACGGAGAGUUGCUAAAACCCUCUAACAAUGACGAGCUUUAGCCCAACCUGUAUUCAUUACAAUUAAGUGGAAUACUGGAGACAUGGACAGGAGCAGCUGCACUGGGAAUGACACCUUGCAAUGCCGUACACAACCAAAACAGGCACAACUCUUCUUGAUGAAUGAUUAUGCGCUACUUAGCUGCUAGCAUAAAUGUAGUACCAGUGGCAUGCUAUUUAUAAAGGUGUUAUUGCCUUUUAUGUACCUAGUUCAUUAUUGGUGAAUAGAAAACUAAAAGAUUUGAAUGUCAAUAGUGUCAGCUCCAUAAAGCAUUGAUGCUAGUACCAACACCAAAAGCGCAGCAUAAAUACUCGGUCACCAUUGAAAGUACUGUUUAAAAAUGUGUACGUCUGUUUGAGAAACCAAAAUUAGUGGUGUCCCAAAAAUGCUAGGUGAUGCAAGAGGCAAUGAGUGUUAUAUGUGCACAAAUUUGCACUUGUGGGAGUCAACCGAGUUAUGUUGUUGGAAAUUAUGGUGCAUAGUUCCACUAACAACAGUUUCACUCGAAACUGGGUUGCAGUUCUUCAAGGUUGCACCACUGUGUAGGUUACCCCCCCCCCUCUUCUUUUAUUUUAUUUUUUUUUUAUUCUGAAGAGCUCAAGAACAUUCCUAGCCUGUUCAUGUUCAACACAUUAGAUUGCUAGAUGGCGCCACCAGUGUUGCUGUUCUUGUCAAACGCUUCCGGUAUUCUAGUAUUAUGUCAAUGGUAACAUGCAUACACCAGGCUAAACUUAUUUGUGGUAACUCGUAAUGUCGUAGUUUAUGCAUGCAGGCCUGUGCCAUAGUUGCAGUAAUAGUUUGCACAGGAGAAGCUGUUAUGAGAAUUUAUAAUGGCCGCUUGCAGGUUUUUUCCAUUGAUUAUAACAUUUUAGGGGCUUCUUGCUGCUGCCAUAGGUUUGAUGAAAGGCAUAAUUUGUGGAAAGGCUUUCUUUUGUGAAACGGUUGUGCUGGAAUGUCUCCCAUUCUUUUCAUUUUUGCCAUAAGCAAAAAAGCCAAGUUAUCUUGCAAUUUAUAUUUCACCUAUAUUUAUGUAUUGAGACAAAAGAAAAUUCAUGUUAUUCAUUCUUAAUAUGUAGUCUUCCAAUCAGGCAGUAGCCAUAUUAUAAAACAAUGUAGCCAUUUUAUAACAACACAGAGAAGCAAUGUGGGGGAGCUCUGGCUUCAGUGGCAAGUUAUAGAAAGCUUUUUUGAACUAUAUUUAAGAAUGAAACUGUUUGCAGAUAUCACACUUUGUUUACAUACAUUAGUGUGCAAAUAAUACAACUUCACUCAUAUGCUAGAACAAUAAUAGUACUGAAAAGUUUGUCAUCGCAUUGCCUGCUAAGGUAGAAAACCAUCAAAUAUAGCCUCAUUUUUGUGCCUUUAGAAGUAGUGCAAUGGGAAGUGAUUUAUCCCCACCUGUUUAUCAGUUAAAUGAGAAAUUGUCUGGUGUGUUCACAUUGUGAAGUGUUUCUGAUCAAAUUUGUAUUGUUUAUUGGCAAAGACACUUGUGCACUUUUUGGUGUACUGUUGUACUGAACAUGUUUGCCUGUGCUCUAUGUCAGUAAAUUGUGGUUUUCACUGCAGAAGCAGUUUUAUCUAUACAUAUUAAAGAACCAGGAUUUCUUUUUUUUUUCUCUUCGUUUUUCUGUCUUGCUUAAUAGAGAAGCGCUUACAAGCUAGGUGGCCUUGCAAUCAAUCCUCAGGCCUCCUUAAUUUUUUUUUUUUUUUACUUCUGUCAUUGCUUGUAUUCGGAACACAUGGUAACAGUCGUGAUAAUACCAGUAAAACGGCUAUUUUUUUUUAACGCUGGUUUUGUGGAAAUAUUGUCAUAAGCCAAGUGUUGCAAAUAACGAUAUUUCAUGUACUGACAUAGUGUUCUUACCUGCUUUUAGAACAACUCUGGCAAUGUCCUAAGUUGACGAUGAAAUUAUCUAUAAGGGUACUAUAAGGGUAUCUUCAGAUGGAUCCAUACACUAUCCAAGGUUAAGUGUUCCAUGAUUGCACACAUAGACCAGCCAAGCAUUAUGUGCUUGAGUAGUUCUGAUCUUUCUGUUACCUCUGUGGGCCUUGCUUGAGAACUACUAUCUUCACGAUUGCUGUGCAUCAGAAGUUGUUAUGUUGUUGAACUCUGCAGAACUAAUUUGUGUGGGCUGCUGCUGCUUAAUUUAUUUGUCAAAGCUCAAAUGACUUGUCACAAUACAGUGGGACUCGGUUCACCGUUUCUAAAGAGUAACAAGACCUUUCAUACCUGAAAUAGAAUUAUGUCCGCCGAGUUCAUAACUGAUGUCAUUCUUUGAGGCCCCUUUUUUUCAUGUCCAGUCAUGGCGUGUGUCUUGACCUAUGUUCACAUUAGCACACUGGUUGAGUCGCAAGUGCUCCGUGUUGCACAGGUCUUGUCCACACGAUAUGCCCUACAUGUGUGUCUCAGAACAUUGGCGCUGUGUCAGCUCUUGCAUUAACACAUAUUGCUGUACAUAACACACAAAACAAAUCUAUAUUUUUAUCUGUCUGUCCCCAGAAUAGGUCUAUAUCUAUCAUGCUUAUUACAUUGUGUGUGUGUGUGCUGAUCCUGGUCAUCUUUAUCUGCUGAAGCAAGGAGAGAUGGGGCUAAGCUGCCUCCGGAUGUUCUUAUCAGUUGCCUCGGUACACACCGCAUAACCACACGUGUGGGGAUGCUGAUUUAUAUGUGUUUGUUUUCCGAUUGUGUAAAUAUGUACAUAGCCCAGUUUUUGUUACUCAAGAGAGAAGAGAGGAGUGUUCGGCUAACGUGUGUGUGCCGAGUACGCAAUGCUUUGUGUGUACUUGUUGCGCGGCCGAAGUGCACCUUGCUGCGGUGUAUCCGCGUCGCUUCUGUUUUGCCUGUGUGUCACCAUGUGACACUUAAAGUGGUGUCAUGUCUGCUGGCCCUUGUGAUGGUGAUGUGCAACUAGUGACUGUUCAGAGAACAACAUAAUGCUGCCUUUUCUCUCGAGGUUGAGAAGGAAUACAGAUGACAUAUGUGCCGUAUGUGAAA